CUGCCCUGAGCUUUGGAGGAGGUGUUCUUCCACGUGAGGAGCGGCGCCCGGCUGUUGGAUCCCGCUUGGAGAAAUAAGCGACUGCUCGGCCUUGAAGGGACUGAAGCCCCGUUGAGGUGCAGUGUGAUGUUUCUGUGCCUCGUUUUCCUUCCUUUCGGAGGAUAAGAAAUCGGUCUGCAGGCUGUAAGUCAGAGGAAAUGGAAGAGAGGAAAAUCAAGAGGAGAAGCCCCAAGUCAUCCACCGCCCACCCCGUGCAGGUUGCUAACUCCAAGAAGAGCUCUGUGCCGGUCAGCAAAAGCACCGCCUUUUCCAAUCCCGCCCCACAGCCGCCGGGGCAGAAACCAAAGCUAAAACGAGUAAUAAAAGAGAAAGCCAAACCUCCAGGAGGAGAAGCAAAAGGGGCACAGGCAGCACCAAUCCAGCAUUCGUUCCUCACAGAUGUAUCGGAUGUCCAGGAAAUGGAAAGGGGACUUCUCAGCCUCUUAAAUGACUUCCACUCUGGCAAACUUCAAGCAUUUGGAAAUGAAUGUUCCAUAGAGCAAAUGGAGCACGUGCGGAGCAUGCAGGAGAAACUCGCCCGCCUCAAUCUGGAGCUGUAUGGGGAGCUGGAAGAACUCCCUGAAGAUAAAAGAAAACUAGCCAGUGACUCCAAUCUGGAUAGGCUGCUAUCAGAUCUGGAAGAACUGAAUUCAUCUAUCCAAAAACUACAUUUAGCAGAUGCUCAAGAUAUUCCAAAUAGCACCACGGGCUGAAGAAACAGCUUUCUCAGUUUGGGUUCUCGCAUAAGCUUUUCUUUUGUGUUGUUUUUUUUUUCCUUGCCACUGGAAUCUGGAAUUGGUAGCUUUUAAUUAUUUAUUAUUUUACACAAUGAAGAAUGAAAGUGCAAAUCCAGGUGUUUACUUUUGCACAUUCCUUUGAAGACUGCAUUAUGUCAGGACUCGGUUCUAGAGAUUUAAGCAGGCUGUUGUGAUGGCAUGCUUUAUAUCAUUGCCUUAUUUAAUAGGAAAACACUGGGAAACACAGAAGUAAAUUUAUUCUGCUGUAUUGUUCAUAUUGUUGCAAAUGAUGUAUAAGUUCAUUAGCAUUUCUCCAAAUUUUGUGAAGGUAAUGCUGUUGUUGCCUUUCUGAUCAGUUCAGAGACAAUCUGCACACUACACUUAGUGUGUUUUGUUGACCAGUGCUGCCACUGAGAUUUUAUUGUUAAUAAAGACAUUUUAAAAAUAUAUAAGGUUUUAUUUGGAGAAGUUAUCUAUUCAGCUGUGUUAAGAAAGAGUUCUUGCAUGGUCUGAAUAUUUGCAGGGUUUACUUUUUUCAUUACUGUGAAUAAAUAUUAUUAGUUCUGUCACUAAACAGAACUAGCAUGCAUGCUAGAAUACAUAUAAUUUAAUUAAGUCCUGUCACAUUCAGAAAUUCAGUAAGGUCAUUGUUCAAUAAAUCUGUUAUAUGUAA